AUGCUGUUCACGAUCUUCGACAGCGCCUUCGGGGUUCUUAUUGCCUUGACCCUGAUCUGUCACUUUCUGGUCUUUGCCUACAAGAACCUUCCGAGUGGCUACCGAAUCCCCCUAUCCUGGAUUCCCCUCAUACUCGGCCGCAACAGCAAGGUCCCCGUCUCGGUCAACUACCACUUCACACGCCGCUGCAACAAGGCCUGUGGCUUCUGCUUCCACACGGCCACAACCUCGCACAUCGAAGACCUCCCGCACCAGAAGGCCGCCCUCCGCCUCCUCGCCGAGGCCGGCAUGCGCAAGAUCAAUUUCGCGGGCGGCGAGCCCUUCCUCUACCCCAAGGUCCUCGGCACCAUGAUCGACUACUGCAAGACCGACCUCGGCCUCGAGUCCGUCUCGAUCGUCAGCAACGGCAGCCUGAUCAAAGAGGACUUCUUCCGCAAGCACGCCGCCAACCUGGACAUCCUCGCCGUCAGCUGCGACUCCUUCAAUGAGCAAACCAACAUCGACAUCGGCCGCGGCAGCGGCGACCAAGUCCAGAAACUCUACCAGAUCGCCGCCUGGUGCCGGCAGUACCGCGUGCUCUUCAAGCUCAACACGGUCGUCAACAAGCUCAACGUAACCGAAGACAUGAACGCGCACAUCGCCGCGCUACAACCCUACCGGUGGAAAGCCUUCCAGGUGCUCAUCGUGUCGGGGGAGAACGACUCGGAGGAGACGCUGCGCAACGGGCACAAGUUCACCAUCUCGGACGCGGCGUUUGAGGGGUUCUGCGCGCGCCACGCGGGCCAGGCCUGUCUGGUGCCGGAGCCCAACCGCCUCAUGGCCAGGAGCUACCUCAUCCUGGACGAGUAUCUGCGCUUUCUGGAUCGGACAGGGAAACAACCGUCGAAGCCGAUCUUGGAAGUGGGCGUGGAUGCUGCCCUGGAGAGCGUGUUCUGGGAUGAGGAUGCCUUUGUGGAGCGUGGGGGCCUGUAUGACUGGGCCAAGCCGGUGGAGGAGAAGGGUGGUUGUGGUGGUGGCAGCUCGGAGGAACUGGCUUGGUAG